AUGUUGGCCAGAGCCUUGGGGUCGUCUUGCGUGCGUCUGCCGCAGCGACCGCAAGGUCUCCGAGUGGUCGCGAGUCUGGCCCAUCACAAGACUUCCGUGCCUCUCCAACGUCAACUACGUGUGCUGACUACCAGCCGCUCACUACUGAAUAACCAGAAGACCCCCGAGAACCUAGGGCAGCAACCGAAAACAGCCGAGCUAGCCUCUCAGACGGCGAAAGCGAGCGAUGCGUCGGCAAAGCAGACAGUGGUCGUAGCGGCCAAAUCGAAGAAUCAGAAGAAGGGCGAUGUCCUCAGUCAAAGCAGUGCUACGAAUAAAGAGCAAAGGAAAGCGGAUUGGGCGAUCAUGAGAGAGAUGGUGAAAUAUCUAUGGCCAAAGGGCGAUUGGGGCACCAAGUUGCGUGUUGGAACAGCUCUUACACUUCUUAUUGGAGCAAAGGUCCUCAACGUUGAAGUUCCAUUCUAUUUCAAAAGUAUCGUGGACUCGAUGAAUAUUGACUUCGCUACUGUGGGUGGUACCGCAUGGACUGUGGCAGGAUCUAUGUUAAUAGCAUACGGCGCCACGAGAAUCGGUGCCACCCUGUUUCAAGAGCUGAGAAAUGCCGUAUUCGCUAGCGUGGCACAGAAAGCAAUUCGCAAAGUCGCAGGCAAUGUUUUCGACCAUCUUUUACGCUUGGAUCUGAACUUCCACUUGAGCAGGCAAACCGGUGGACUAACUAGAGCCAUCGAUCGAGGAACCAAGGGUAUCAGUUUCCUACUGACGUCCAUGGUUUUUCACGUGUUUCCUACUGCAUUGGAGAUCUCAAUGGUCUGCAGUAUUUUGACAUACCAGUACGGCUUUAGGUUUGCAGCAAUCACAGCAGCUACGAUGAUCGCCUACACAGCGUUCACCAUCACCACAACAGCGUGGCGGACAAAGUUCAGACGGCAAGCUAACGCUGCGGAUAACAAGGGAGCGACAGUGGCUGUAGACUCUUUGAUUAACUACGAAGCUGUCAAGUACUUUAAUAAUGAAGCCUACGAGGUGUCCCGUUACGACAAAGCCCUAAAGGCUUAUGAAGAUGCGUCUAUCAAGGUAACGACGUCCCUGGCAUUUUUGAACUCGGGACAAAAUAUGAUCUUCUCCAGUGCCCUUGCCGCCAUGAUGUAUCUGGCAGCCGAUGGCGUCGCAACCGGAGAAUUGACCGUGGGAGAUCUAGUAAUGGUCAAUCAACUAGUCUUUCAACUGUCAGUCCCGCUGAAUUUCUUGGGAUCUGUCUAUCGUGAGCUGAGACAGUCUCUCCUUGAUAUGGAGACACUGUUCAACCUGCAGAAGGUCAAUGUCUCUGUCAAGGAGCGACCGGAUGCUAAACUCUUGGACUUGUCGCGAGGCGGUGAAAUCCGGUUCGAAAAUGUGACAUUUGGCUAUCAUCCCGACCGGCCCAUUCUCAAGAACGCGAGUUUCACGAUUCCUGCCGGAGCGAAGUUUGCUAUUGUCGGGCCGAGUGGGUGUGGAAAGUCCACUAUCCUCAGGCUUUUAUUCCGGUUUUACGACGUCCAAGAGGGACGGAUUUUGAUCGAUGGCCAAGAUGUGCGCGACGUAACACUUGAGAGCUUGCGAAAGUCGAUUGGGGUUGUACCGCAAGAUAUGCCUCUUUUUAACGACACCAUCGAGCAUAAUAUCCGCUACGGCAGGAUAGAUGCAUCCGACGAUGAAGUCCAGAAAGCCGCAGAGAGAGCACAUGUACACGAACUUAUCCAAAGGUUACCGGAUGGAUACAAAACUGCCGUUGGUGAGCGUGGCAUGAUGAUAUCUGGCGGAGAGAAACAGCGACUGGCCGUGUCAAGGCUUAUCCUGAAAGACCCGCCCUUACUAUUCUUCGACGAAGCGACUUCGGCCUUGGAUACGUAUACAGAGCAGGCGCUCCUGCAGAACAUCAAUAGCAUUAUCAAAGAAAAGGCGCGCACAAGCGUGUUUGUCGCGCAUCGGCUGCGCACUAUCUAUGAUAGCGACCAGAUUCUGGUCCUCAAGGACGGGCGUGUGUCUGAAAGUGGCACCCAUGCCCAGUUACUUGAACAGAAAGGUGUAUAUGCAGAGUUGUGGCACGCCCAAGAAUUGUCCCUAGCUCAGGACGCAGACUUGGAAAGAAAUAUCGAAGUUGGGCCAGAGUCUGAAUUGGCCGAAAAUGUGAGGCCCACAGACGCAAAACAGUCUCCAAAAUAA